AUGAUUCAAGAGAACAAUCCAGACUCAAAGUCUGUGAGCCAUCCAUCAUCAUCAGACAAUGGUAUAGUCCCAUCUGAGCAGUCGUCCACUGAAGAUCCCAGCCAGGAUGGGUACUUGGGCUCAACGAGGAAUCAUGUAUUCGCUGAUCCCUCUGUUGCUGAGUAUUGGCGCACCAAGUACGAGAAGGCUGAAUAUGAGAACCGCCACAGGUUUGAUCCUGACUUCCACUGGUCCUCUGACGAAGAGAAGAAGCUGGUCCGCAAGGUUGACAAGCGAAUCAUGACUUGGGCGUGGCUCAUGUUCCUUGCCCUCGACUUGAAUCGCAGAAACGUGAGCCGAGCCAUCACCGACACGAUGUUGGAUGACCUUGGAAUGGACACAAAUGACUUCAAUUAUGGCCAAACGAUCUUCCUCGUUUCCUUUCUCGCGGCCGAACUCCCCAGCGGACUGGUUAGUAAAAGGCUUGGUGCUGAUGUGUGGAUUCCAUUCAUCAUCACCGCAUGGUCUAUCACCGGAGCCUGCCAAGCCUUCCUGAGCACCAAAGCAGCAUUCUUUGCCACGAGAGCUAUCCUUGGUCUUCUCAUGGGAGGCUUCAUCCCUGAUACGGUCCUCUAUCUGACAUACUUCUACAAGUCCAAUGAACUGCCCAUUCGACUCAGCUGGUUCUGGACAGCCCUUAUGAUUGUCCAAAUUAUUGGAUCCCUCAUCGCCGCUGGCGUCCUUCAAAUGGGCGGAGUGGCCGGGUGGGCAGGCUGGCAGUGGCUCUUCAUGAUCGAGGGCCUCAUCACGCUGAUCAUCGGUGUGUUUUCCUGGGUUCUGAUGCCACCCGGCCCGUGUCAAACCAAGAAUUGGUUCCGCGGAAAAGAUGGCUGGUUCAGCGAGCAUGAAGAAAAGAUUCUGGUCAACCGCCUCCUGCGGGACGACCCCAGCAAGGGCGACAUGAACAACCGAGAAGGCGUCGGACCCAAGCUCCUGUGGAAGACGCUCAAGGACUGGGAACAGUGGCCUCUUUACCUCAUUGGCCUGAUGAACUACAUCCCACCAAGCCCACCGACCACCUACCUCUCGUAUGUCCUUCGGCAAGUGGGCUUCUCGACCUUUGAGGCGAAUCUCUUGGUCAUGCCGUCGCAGGUCCUCUUCGCGGCGCAGCUUUUGCUCGUCACAUGGGUCUCGCAGAAGUACAAUGAGCGAUCGAAUGUGUCUUCCACUUCAAACAUUUGGAUAUUUCCGUGGUUGGUUGCGCUCAUCGCCAUGCCGGCUGACUCUAGCCCUUGGGCCCGCUACGCUGUCUUGACCGGACUCGUAGGCUACCCGUACUGCCAUGCCAUCCUGGUCGCCUGGAACGCGAGGAACAGCAACGCUGUACGUACACGCGCAGUGAGUGCUGCGUUGUACAACAUGACGGUGCAAUCCGGCAACAUCAUUGCAUCCAAUAUCUAUCGGGAGGAUGAUAAGCCCCUGUAUCCUCGAGGGAACCGCAUACUCCUCGGUAUCUGUGUCUGGAACGUCUUUCUCUUCUACUUUGUCAAGGCAUUUUAUAUCUGGAGGAAUAAGGUUCGCGAUAGGAAGUGGAAUGCCAUGACCAAGGCGGAGCAAGAGGACUAUGUCCUGAACACCACUGAUGAGGGGAUGAAGAGGCUGGACUUCAGGUUCGUCCACUGA